AUGUCUGUGUCUUCUUUAAAUGAUGAGUUCGAUAGAUUGGUUCAAGACUUGUUGCAGACAUGGCAUGUUCCAGGCCUUGCAAUCGCUGUGAUUGACGGUGCUUCUACAUUUUCCAAGGUAAGCUGCCAUAUCCGUAUCACAGCACUGAUACUAACACGGUACGAGGGCUAUGGACUGGCUAGUCUCCCUGAUGUCCCAGUUACUCCCGAGACAGUAUUCUUUACAGCCAGCACAACCAAAUCAUUUACAGCGGCUAGCGUAUCACUAUUGAUAGAUGAGGCUGUGUCAACGGAAGCUACAGAGAAGAUUCCGCCAGGUUUCUCCUGGACUUCGACCAUCUCUUCCGUCAUACCGGAAGACUUUGCUCUAGAGAAUGAAUAUGCAACAUCACGCGUUACCUUCGAAGAUGCCUUGAGCAACAGAAGCGGUUUCCCAGACCACCUCAAAAGCUUCAAGCCAAAGACAACAUCUCUUCAAGACGGCAUCCGAUCGUUGCGACACCUUCCACUCGCCGCAGAACUACGCUCCCAAUAUCUAUACAGCAGCUACAUGUUCUCCGCUGUCUCACAUGCAAUCGAGAGCAUGACAGGACAAGGGUUAGGCGAAUUCAUGAGAGAGAGAAUAUGGAGCCCUCUCAACAUGACAAACACAUAUUGGACCCCACAAGAAGUAAAGGAAGCAGCAAGCAGGGGAAUAACCCUAGCCCACGGCUACGCAUGGAAUGCCUCAACAGAGGCAUACACCGAAGAAGCGAUCCCGAACUUCCCGGUCGUAUCAGGUGCCGGUGCAAUAAUCAGCAACGUCCUCGAUUACACAAAAUGGCUCCGGUGCAUGAUGACCCAAUCCGGUCCGAUCAGUCGCGCCGCACACUCCGCACUUAUAGAACCACACAUUUACUAUACAGAGCAGGCCACAAACCCAUUCCCCGCUCCGCAUGCUUACGCCCUCGGCUGGAGGAUCGAUAGCUAUCGAGGCCGGCGCUUGAUCUGGCAUACAGGAAGCUGGACUGGAUACGGGUCGACGAUGAUGUAUUUGCCGGAUCUCCAAUGGGGAUUGGUUAUGAUGGGCAAUACGACUGGGACGAGUAAUUAUGUGCAAACGGCUUUGUAUAUGCAUUUGCUAGACGAGCUUCUCGAAACUCCGGUUUGUGAGAGGAUUGAUUGGUCGAUGAAGAUGCUUGAGCUGAGGGAUCGGAGGAGAGUUGAUAAUGGCAAUGCGUUGGUGCGGCUCUAUCCUGAGUUACCUUGUUCGGUUGAUGCGCCUUUGCUUUCUCUUGAGGGCUAUACUGGGCGGUAUCAUCAUGCUGGGUAUGGAGAUAUGGAGUUUGAGUUACGUGGAAAUGAACUCGUUGCUUCACGACUUCUUUAUGAAGUCGCCAUGGUGAUUCGGAUGGUUCACGUGACUGGGGAAUCCUGGACGGCAAAACUGGAGGUUGUAAACCAGGAUCCGCGGGAUCAUGACAUUGUUAGGGCGAGGUUUCAUGUCACGGAUGAUGGGAUUGCAGGACAGAUUGGUUUGGAUUUGGAACCUGCGCUUCAAGGACAGAUGAUAUGCUUUGAAAGGGUAGCUCCGUAG